AUGGUUAGAGCUUCUUCCGCAUUCACCUCCACCAUAGAUAUCCUACGAGUGUUAGGCGGUGUACUUCUUGCAAACGCACUUCUAUCUUGGUGGUUUACUGGAUCUUCAACCUGGGGGUACGACGGUAAAUGGGUAGACUAUCGUUACCUCAAGCAUCUAGCUAUAGAACUGCCAGUGCAAUUGACCCUUGAAGAAUUGGCUAAAUACAAUGGUGAUACUCCCGGGCUUCCUAUAUACGUUUCAAUUAAUGGAACUGUAUAUGAUGUGACGAAAUCGGCUAGAAUAUACGGCCCUGGUGGUGCCUACCAUGUGUUCAGCGGAAAAGAUAGUGCCAGAGCUUUUGUGACAGGCUGUUACGAUAAGGAAGAUGAACUUACACACGAUCUUCGAGGUCUUGAUCCAGAAGAGAUCGAGGAUCAGCUAGGUGGCUGGGUUCGUUUUUUCAGUAAGAAUUCUCGUUACUGGGUCGCUGGAACUGUGGAACUACCAGAACCUACAGGUGAAAUACCUCUGCCCUGUGAUCAUCAGAGAUACCCUGGACAUGCAUGA